GCUUUUACCCAUGCCCUGCAUAUGUUAACAUUCAACUCAAGGCUGCGGUUCUCUUCCAUCCCUAAUUCGUGUAAACCUGACAAGGAACAGCAACAUGUCGGAUCAAUCGACUUUUGACACAGAUGUGUGGACUCUCACACGGUUUGUCAUGGAGACCGGGAGACAAGCUAAGGGUGCGACCGGAGAACUUACCCAGCUUAUCAACUCCAUACUGAUAGCUAUCAAAGCUAUUUCAUCUGCUGUUAGGAAAGCCGGACUCGCACACCUUCAAGGCAUCGCUGGGCACAUUAAUGUCACUGGUGAUGAAGUGAAAAAGCUGGAUGUGCUAUCCAAUGAUCUGGUAAUCAACAUGCUGCAAGCCUCUUACAGCACAUGUGUCCUGGUUUCUGAGGAGAACAAAGAAGCCAUUAUAACUCCCCCAGAGAAACAGGGUAAAUACGUGGUGUGUUUUGAUCCGCUGGAUGGCUCCUCCAACAUCGACUGCUUGGCACCAAUAGGCACCAUCUUUGCCAUCUACAAAAAGGUUUCAGAAGGUGAGCCUACAGAGAAGGAUGCUCUCCAGCCAGGCAAUCAAAUAGUGUGUGCCGGUUACGCGCUGUAUGGCAGUGCCACUGUAGUGGCUCUCAGUACUGGAGCUGGACUCAACUUGUUCAUGUUAGAUCCAGCCAUAGGUGAAUUCAUCCUGACAGAAAGGAAUGUCAAGAUCAAGAAGAAGGGUAAGACCUACAGCAUAAAUGAAGGCUAUGCCAAGUACUUUGAUCCCGCAGUGACUGAGUACAUAAAGCACAAGAAAUUUCCUGAGGAUGGUAGUGCUCCAUAUGGUGCCAGAUACGUGGGCUCCAUGGUUUCAGAUGUGCAUCGUACCAUUGCUUAUGGUGGCAUCUUUUUGUACCCUGCCAAUGAGAAAAGCCCCAAAGGAAAGCUGCGGCUGCUGUACGAGUGUAACCCCAUUGCCUUCUUAGUGGAACAGGCUGGAGGAAUAGCCACCACAGGCACACAGCGAGUCCUGGACAUCAAGCCUGAAGCUGUGCAUCAGAGGGCUCCGUUUGUAGUAGGUUCUCCAGAUGAUGUGGAGGAAUACUUAUCAUUAGUCAAAAAAUAUCAGAAAUAAAGUUUUCCCUGUACAUAUCUGAUCUGUUCUCUGCAGUUUGGCUGUUUGUUGUGAAAUUCAUUCUGCCAGUAAAUAGCAUGUACCAAAGGGUAAACACAUGAUUCUUGUCAGACAGGAAACUGAAAAGGCCCCUAGUCUAAUAUUAGUGCACGAUUUCAUUAAUUGUUAUCUACAGAGGCUACGUUUCAUUAAUGUUUAUAUUGAUCUCGACAAAAUUUUGAAACUCCCCUUUCCAGCCAAUUCAAUGUAAUCUUAUACAAACAGUUCAUUUCAGUUUCCAGAGUACAGCCUUAGGCAUUGUUCCACUCCAUGACGACUUCUGUAGAAUGUUGUGGUCGGUGAGGUUUGCUUUGUGUCAGGUUAGUCAUGAGGUGGUUUGUUAACUGCUGCACUUACUGGAAUGUUUUACCCAGAUUCACUAAUCCCAGUAAUCAGUUGUUCUGGCUCUGUGUAGCAAAAGCAGUCUACACUGUAA